AUGUUGCUCAAACGAGAUGCUGUGGACAACGGUGUUCCCAACCCCCGAGGUGACACUGUGGUUAUAGUCAAUAUCGCGCUGGUGGUGGUUGCAGCAGUUCUGGUCAUCGCGCGGUUCUGGACACGCAUUGCAAUCAACCACAUGCUUGGUUUGGACGACUGGUGUGUCUUAAUGGCCCUGUUUAUUUCGAUCACCAUGACCGGAUUAUUUUACGGAGAAACAAAGAAUGGGUUCGGACUUCACCAAGCCACGGUCAGCCAGGAACAUUUUUUGCAAGCCUGGAAAUAUUUCCUUGCCUGCCAAGUGCUAUACAAGGCUGCCGCUCUCUUUGCAAAGCUGUCCAUGCUUUUCCUCUAUCUACGGAUCUUCUCUUCUUCUCGCAACUUCCGAAUCGCCGCCUUUGUUGUCAUGUUCAUAUGCGCCGGCACGGCCAUUGGGACCAUCAUUCCCACAAUUUUCGCAUGUCACCCUAUCCAGAAGGCAUGGACCCCAACUUUACCCGGCAAAUGCAUCUGGACUCCGGGAAUCUGGUACUCCAGCUCCUCAAUCAACAUCGCCACAGACGUGAUGAUCAUAGCACUACCAAUUAUCCAAAUCCGAUCUCUUAAACUACCCAAGGCCCAGAAAUUGGGAUUGGCUCUCCUGUUCAGUCUGGGGUUGUUCAUUAUUGCAACCUGCGUGGUUCGUAUUGCCACCCUUGGCCCAGCAGCGACGGCCAAGGACAGCACAUACUACCAGGCUCAGAAUAACUUGUGGCUCGGCGUCGAAGUGAACACGUCCAUCAUUUGCACCUGCAUUCCACCUUUGAAGGCAACGAUUACCAGAUUCUUCCCGCGGAUCUUCCGCGGCUCGUCCUACAAUCACCCAACAACCAAUUUCCGAUCUAGGUCUGGAGCAUACCCGCUCUCCGACAGCUAUCAUGGAUCUUCUGUCAAAGGGCGAGUCUCGUCUUUUCCGAACCCUGCGUCUCCCACCAAGGGGUUCUCCACGACCGUCAUCACCGGUGGGGGGCCCAAGUCAUAUCCCAUCAGCGAAUCAAACAGUGAUGAGGUUGUCAUGCUGGAAGACAUGGCAAAGACAGGAGCAGACACACAAGGACACAAGCGCAGAGACGACAUUAGAAAACAGACCGAUGUCGAGAUCUCGUACCUAGAGGUCUCCUAGAGAGGGUGUUGAUAGUAGGCUAAUCGGGUACGUAUGGCGCUGCCAGCUUGUCUGCGGCAUCACACGGACUCGACCGAAUGC